AGAAUCGAUCGGCUAUUAUCGAAUUCACAAAAUAAAUUAAAAGAAAAAAAAAAACAAAAACCCGACGCUAACCUAAAAUCACAAAACCUAAGAGCAAAGCAAAUCGACGGCGACGGGAAAAUAGAAAAGCUGAAGAAGAAGACUCUAGCUUCCCGCAGAUCUCUGUCUCCUCUCUCUCUCGUAACUGUAUUCGAUGGCACCGAAGAAGGCAGAGGAAGUGGUCGACAACCCUCCUACUUCCAGUGAAGAAGAGGAAUCUGGCUCAUCUGGAGAAGAAUCUGAGUCUUCUGCUGAAGUUUCGAAGAAAGACGAGUCUUCCAAGAAGCCUGAAUCUGACUCUGAAGGUGAAUAUGAAUCGGAGUCCGAAUCCGAUUCGGAGCCUGCUAAGACGAUGGAGCUGAUGCCUCUUGUGACCAAACCAAUUCCAGACAAGUCUGGAUCUGCCGCGACUGUACCUGAGAGUUCAACGGCUAAGCGUCCUUUGAAGGAACAUGCUUCUGAAGCUAUUAAGAAGCACAAGACAUCGGAGACUGAGCAUGUGAAGAAGCCGACAACAAAUGAUGAGGUUAAGAAGAUUUCUGGAGAUGAUGCUAAGAAGAUGUUUCAGAGAUUGUUCAGCGAGGCUGAUGAGAUUGCCUUGCUUCAAGGUAUUAUUGAUUUCACAUCUACCAAAGGAGAUCCUUAUGAGGAUAUUGAUGCUUUUUGCAUUUAUGUUAAGAAGUUGAUCGAUUUCAAUGCUACCAAAAACCAAAUCGUUACCAAACUUCAGAGGUUGAAGAAGAAGUUUAAUAACACUGUGAAGAAGUCGCUUAAGAAGGGAAAGAGUGAAGAUGAGAUUGAAUUUGCUAAAGAUAUUGAGCAGAAAGGCUUUGAAUUGUCGAGAAAGAUUUGGGGAAGCAGUGGUGUUUUGGCUUCUAAAUCAUCAAGGAAGAAAGUUGGAGGAACCCCUGCCCCGAAAGAGAUGAAGUUAGUUGCUCAUUCCUCUCCCAAGAAACAACAAGAAGAGGCGAAGAAACCGGAGAAAAUAGAGACAAAGGUUGUGAACACAAGUCUCUCCAUUGGUAGAGAGAUUGCAUCGUUCUUCAAUGCAGAGAAUAAGAGUUCUUGUGGUUUGGAUGAAUCCACAAUAACUGCGGUUUGGGCAAAGGUUGCGGAUGGAGCAGAGAAGAGAGAAGUGGAGGAAAAAUGGAAGAAGCUCAAGGGUAAGGAGUUUGAGCUAUGUUUGCAGAGGUCUGGACUCGUGAACGAAACUGCAAAGAUGAUAUUCAAAGCCUAUGAAUCCUGAGCGGUUUGUCUUUUUACUUUUUAGUAUGCAUUUUGAGUCUUUUUAUUAUGCAUUUUAGCUUGUGGAACUAAUCUUAUGUAAGUCUUUGUCGUAUUUUCUCUAUGCCCCUAUGUUGGAUGCUUGGUUUGGGUAUAAGACCCUUUUGAUUAUUAUUUAGUUCUUCUCUUUGUUCGGUUUCUGAAAAA